UUAUAAGUCUUGAUACGAAGAUAUCUUUCAGUUCGGUGGAAAAACCAACGGUUGUAACUUCCUUGAGGACAAGAGAGAAGUUUUUGGUGCAUUUUUCUUAAGUUUUACGAAAUGUCUCCUUUAACGAUUUUUUUACUUAUUGCAAUAUGCAAGAUUAGUUUUACAACGGGAUUUAUGGUAAAAGCGUAUUUAAGCCCUUCAAAUUCUUCGAAUUUUCCUCGAAUUAAAGCGGAGAAUUUUUUUCCUUCGCUUUGGCAAUUCACCAUGUGUUCUUGGUUGAAACCUUACCCAUUAAAUGAUAAUGAAUUGACAAUUAUAUCAUACGCCACUUCUAGGCAUGACGAAGCUAUAUACAUUUGUCUCAAGCGACGUGAUGCAGACUACAUAGUGCUCUUCCGGAUCCAAACUGGUUGGUCAGAUUUGCAAUGUGCUUUACCUUGGAAACAGGGACAAUGGUAUCAUUUGUGCGCAACUUGGUUCGCUCCAACGAAAACUAUUCAUCUUUAUCAAAACGGACAAGAAUGUGAGCAUUUGAAAACCUAUAAUGAUUUUCCAAGCACAGAGGUACCAUCGGGUGGCACACUGGUCAUCGGUCAAGAUCAAGACGCUCCAGAUUCUAAGUAUCAGCUGUAUCAAUCUUAUCACGGAGAUAUAGCCGAGGUUCAUUUUUGGGAUGAACAACUGAGCCUGGAGCAAAUUCGAGAUAUUGGAAGCUGCAAAGGAAGUAUGAGAGAAGGAAAUCUCUUCGCUUGGAUGAAGACUCCAAUGACUGUUAAAGAUAAUGUUGUUUUGUCGGCUACUCAUCUUUGUUAUAAUUAAACGUGUACUCAUCAUCAUCUUUACUAAAAGAAAUAAUUUCGAUGUUAAGAUUAAUUUUAGUUUUUGAAUUUUUAAACAAACUGCAAAAAUGAUAUGCAUGUCAUCAGUUUUCGUUUAUUCGCUAUCAUCAAAAGUCGACUUGUAUUUUAUGUAUAUAAGAUACAAAGUUGGUAUGAAUAGAGCUUUCUGUCUGUUAAUGUUAAGUACUCAUUUAUUAUAAUACAUAUUAAUCUUGCUUAUAUCAUUAUUAAGCUGUUUUAUCUAAUAUUA